UACUCGUAUUAAUGAAAAUAAGGAAUGUCUUGAAGAUAUUCAAAGUCUGAUUAAAGAACAAACGAAUACUAUCAUCGAGACAAUCAAAGAGCAAUAUUUACAUACGUGUGAAGUUCAACAACGACAACGAUGA